AUGGCAAGUGAGCCAGUCAAUGUUCACGAAUUCAAAGCAUUGGCCAAAAGAGCCCUUCUCAAAAUGUACUUCGACUUCUAUGCUGGGGGAGCCGAGGAUGAACACACGCUGAAAGCCAACGAGGAAGCUUAUCAGCGAAUCACGAUUCGUCCAAGAGUUCUGGUAGAUGUGAGCAGAAUAGACAUGAGUACUAGCGUUUUGGGUUACCCUAUCUCAUCUCCCAUUAUGGUGGCACCUAGUGGCCUCCACAAGCUAGCAAAUCCAGAAGGAGAACUUGCCACUGCUAGAGCUGCUGCUGCUUCUAACACCAUCAUGAUUUUAUCGUUCGGGUCUAGUUACAGUGUGGAGGAGGUUGCUGCUAGCUGCAAUGCAGUUCGUUUCUUCCAAUUAUACGUGUACAAACAACGGCAUGUAGCGGCCAACUUGGUGGAGAGAGCUGAAAGGAGUGGAUAUAAGGCUAUAGUGUUGACAGUAGACUGUCCAAGAAUGGGUCGUAGGGAGGCAGACAUUAAGAAUAGAAUGAUUGUCUCAAAGCAGAAGAAUGUCGAAGGCUUGGUAUCGACUGAGGUUGACGCUGAUGGUGGCUCAAACUUGGAAGCAUAUGUGAAUUCUACCUUGGAUCCUUCUUUGAGUUGGAAGGAUGUGGCGUGGCUGAAGUCCAUCACAAAGUUGCCAAUUGUGCUCAAGGGAAUACUCACUCAUGAAGAUGCACGAAUAGCUGUUGAAGUAGGUGCUGCAGGGGUUAUUGUCUCAAAUCAUGGAGGUCGUCAGUUAGACUACAGUCCUGCCACUAUCACUGUCGUUGAAGAGGUGGUUCAUGCUGUGAAAGGCAAGAUUCCAGUGAUAGUGGAUGGAGGAGUGAGGAGAGGAACCGAUAUGUUCAGAGCAUUGGCAUUGGGUGCACAAGCAGUCCUCGUUGGAAGACCGAUCUUAUACGGGUUGGCUGCAAAGGGAGAACAAGGGGUGAAGCAAGUGAUUCAGAUGCUGAAGGACGAGUUGGCGCUCACUAUGGCGCUUGCUGGCUGUACUAGCCUCAAGGACAUAACAAGAUGCCAUGUAAGGACCGAGCGUGAUAGAUGUCAAUCCAUGCUAUAA